GACCAGCCUCGCUGUGGUAUAAGAGGGAAAGAGGGGGUGUUCAUUAUGUGUCAUGGCACAUGACAACUCCUUUUGGUCAAGACUUUGCCGAUCAGCAAUUGAGCCCCAGUGAUGUUUUCAUUUUGUCUCCAAAACCACUCCCACUAGUGACCGGAGUGCUUUUAAAUGGGAGUGAAGGCGGGGAGGAUCAGCACAGCAGCACCAGAGUAACUCACAACAGUAACACAGGUGCGUAUCAGAGGAUACAGAGAGGACAUCGCCUCAGCUGGAUUAAAUAACGAAGAACUUCUUCAGGAUUCGCAAGUCUGAACCAAAAGACAAAAACAGCCGCAAUCAGCAGACGCAAAACCAGAAGUGAAGAUGAACCUUUUAGUCAUUGUUGCCGUCUUUGCAGCGUUCAGCGUUGAUGUGACGUUUUCUCGAAAACGGUCUAAAAACAGUCGGCCAUUUAAACCUCGUACCACAAACAGGGAGAUGUGUUGGUCUGGGGACGGGAGCAGUUACAGGGGAUUUGCUUCUGAGUCGACAUCAGGACGCAGAUGUCUCAACUGGAACAUGUUCACCUACUCAGGAGCUUCGAAUGGCCUCGGCGACCACAGUUACUGCAGGAACCCUGACGAGAGCUUGAUGCCGUGGUGUCGAGUCCGAAGAGGAAGGAGGAUUGUGAGAGAAUUCUGCGACAUUCCCAGAUGUACGUCUGCAGGUCCUACGCCAACAAGCAGACCUCCGUCGGCUGUGGAUACAGAGCGCACAUGUGGUGAGAGGUCUGUGCAGAGGUUGCACAAGAUUGUGGGGGGCUCUUUCACUCCCGUAGAGUCGCACCCAUGGGUCGCUGCUCUCUUUCAUCAGCGCACCGGUUUUCUCUGCGGGGGCUCUCUCAUCGCACCAUGCUGGGUUCUCACAGCUGCACACUGCUUCUCGGAUGGUGAGAGCACGACUAUCAGACAUCUGUCUGUGUAUCUGGGGAAGAGUGCCAUCAAUGCCACUGACGCUGACAAGGAGCAGAGAUUCACUGUGGAAAAAGUGAUCAUUCACCAAAAAUACAAUCUGGACAACUAUGACAAUGACAUAGCACUGUUGAAGAUCAAAAGCAGUAAUGGAGGAUGUGCGGUGAGGUCAUCGUCUGCAAGGACAGUGUGUCUUGCUCCAUCUCACACGCAGCUUCCUGCAGGGUUUCAAUGCAGCAUCGCAGGAUUUGGCAACGAGAGAUUCUUUGGGCAUUACUCGCAGAUAAUGAAGCAGGCCGUGGUGCAACUGCUCCCGCAGACUGACUGUGCAAGUCAAUCGUACUAUGGACAUCUCAUCACUGAGAACAUGCUCUGUGCUGGGAGCCCUGACUGGAGCACUGAUGCCUGCAAGGGGGACUCUGGUGGUCCGCUGGUGUGUGAGGUGGCAGGUCGGAUGUUUCUGUUCGGGGUAGUGAGCUGGGGUGAGGGCUGCGCCAAGAGGAACAAGCCAGGCGUCUACACACGAGUCACCAACUACAACAAGUGGAUUGAAGACGGCACCGGGCUCUCCAAAUACACCAAAGGAUUCAUGUAUCCCCAAAAAUAAAGCUGUAUUUCUGAGGAGGAUCUGAGGAGGAUUUUAAAGCUACUGGCCAUUGCAAUGGUGCAUGUUGACGGUUUCAUGUAACUUUUUGAACGUAUCUUACUGUAUAUAGUGUGUGAUACUUGUGUAUAUGGACUUUUCUUACUGGGAGUAAAACUUUUUAAAAAGCCAUUUGAAAAAUAUAUAUUUAUAUAUGUAUAAUUUGGUGUAAUAGGUAUUUGUUUUUGCAGACGGCUGGUUCCGCUGUCAUGUAUUUAUUGUCUAAUAAAUUAAAUAUUUCUGCUACAUA